AUGGCAUCGUUGCCUCCUCCCCCGCCCCCGGGCUGGGGUGCAGCGGCACCGCCUUCGAUGCCUCUGGCGCCGCCGCCGCCCGGUUACCAACCACCGGCGGACCCGACUGUCGCGAAAUUUGCCCAAAAGAAGAAUGAUUGGCUGCGCACGCAACGCAACCGGUUUGGAGAGAAGCGCAAGGGUGGCUUUGUCGAAACCCAGAAGGCUGAUAUGCCGCCCGAGCAUCUGCGGAAGAUCGUUCGGGACAUCGGUGACGUGUCGCAGAAGAAAUUCAGCAACGAGAAGCGUAGCUACUUGGGCGCGCUGAAAUUCAUGCCCCAUGCCGUUCUGAAGCUGCUGGAGAACAUGCCCAUGCCGUGGGAGUCGGCGAAAGAUGUCAAAGUCCUUUACCAUGUGAACGGCUGUCUCACGCUGGUCAACGAGACUCCGAGAGUCAUCGAGCCGGUCUUCCAUGCCCAGUGGGCCACCAUGUGGGUGUGCAUGCGACGAGAAAAGAGUGAUCGGAGACAUUUCAAGCGUAUGCGCUUCCCGCCUUUUGAUGACGAGGAGCCUCCGCUUUCGUGGUCGGAAAAUAUCGAAGACGUGGAGCCGCUGGAGCCGAUUCAGAUGGAGCUCGACGAGGCUGAAGAUGGCCCGGUCUAUGAAUGGCUCUAUGAGCAGCGUCCGCUCCUGGACACACCCCAUGUCAAUGGGCCGAGUUACAAGAAGUGGAAUUUGACGCUGCCGCAGAUGGCGACGCUCUACCGACUAAGUCACCAGCUGCUCAGCGACACUGUCGACCAGAAUUACUUCCACAUGUUCGACCUGAACAGUUUCUUCACGGCCAAGGCCCUGAAUGUUGCCAUCCCCGGUGGUCCCCGCUUCGAGCCUCUUUACAAGGACAUCGACCCCAAUGACGAGGACUUCAGUGAAUUCAACGCCAUCGACCGUAUCAUCUUCCGCGCUCCCAUUCGAACCGAGUACAGAGUCGCAUAUCCUUUCCUGUAUAAUACCCUCCCGAGAAGUGUCAAGCUUUCUUGGUACUCGCAUCCUCAAGUUGUAUAUGUCCGCACCGAAGACCCUAAUCUCCCCGCCUUCUACUUCGACCCUGUAAUUAAUCCGAUUUCUUCCCGAUCUGUCGCCCCCAAGAACAUCACCGUGAGCCAUGAGGAUGAGAUCUUUGGCUCCGAUGGUGAGGACGACUUCGAGCUGCCGCCGGAGGCCCAGCCUUUCUUUGCCGACGAGGAACUCUACACCCCCGAAACAGCUUCCGCCAUUGCCCUCUGGUGGGCCCCUCAUCCCUUCAACAAGCGUUCCGGAAAGAUGGUUCGCGCCCAGGAUGUGCCGCUAGUGAAGCAGUGGUACUUGGAGCACUGCCCGCAGGGUCAGCCCGUCAAGGUCCGCGUGUCCUACCAGAAGCUCCUGAAGACCUACGUCUUGAACGAGCUGCACAAGAAGAAGCCCAAGGCUCAGAGCAAGCAGAACCUGCUGAAGACGCUAAAGUCGACCAAGUUCUUCCAACAGACAACCAUCGACUGGGUGGAAGCUGGAUUGCAGGUCUGCCGCCAGGGUUUCAACAUGCUCAACUUGCUUAUCCACCGCAAGAACUUGACCUACCUCCAUCUGGACUACAACUUCAACUUGAAGCCCGUCAAGACGUUGACAACCAAGGAGCGAAAGAAGUCUCGUUUCGGAAACGCCUUCCACCUCAUGCGAGAAAUCUUGCGUCUGACGAAAUUGAUCGUCGAUGCGCAAGUGCAAUACCGCCUUGGUAACAUCGAUGCCUUCCAACUGGCUGACGGUAUCCUUUACGCUUUCAACCACGUCGGACAGCUGACUGGUAUGUACCGUUACAAGUACAAGCUGAUGCACCAGAUCCGUUCGUGCAAGGACUUGAAGCAUUUGAUCUACUACCGCUUCAACUCCGGCCCCGUUGGUAAAGGUCCCGGAUGCGGUUUCUGGGCGCCUGCCUGGCGUGUCUGGCUGUUCUUCAUGCGUGGUAUCAUCCCCUUGCUCGAGAGAUGGCUUGGAAACCUGCUGUCUCGUCAGUUCGAGGGUCGUCACAGCAAGGGUGUUGCCAAGACUGUGACCAAGCAACGUGUGGAGUCCCACUUUGAUCUGGAACUGCGCGCUUCGGUCAUGGCCGAUCUCAUGGAUAUGAUGCCCGAGGGUAUCAAGCAGAACAAGGUCAACACCGUGCUCCAACAUCUGUCGGAGGCAUGGCGAUGCUGGAAAAGUAACAUUCCCUGGAAGGUGCCUGGUCUUCCGGCGCCGAUCGAGAACAUUAUCUUGCGUUACGUCAAGAGCAAGGCUGACUGGUGGAUUUCCGUCGCCCACUACAACCGUGAGCGUAUCCGCCGUGGUGCGACGGUGGACAAGACGGUGGCGAAGAAGAACUUGGGUCGACUGACUCGACUCUGGCUCAAGGCUGAGCAAGAAAGACAGCACAACUACUUGAAGGACGGUCCGUACGUGUCGUCUGAAGAGGCUGUGGCCAUUUACACCACCAUGGUGCAUUGGUUGGAAUCUCGCAAGUUCUCGCCCAUCCCCUUCCCUAGUGUUUCUUACAAACACGAUACCAAGAUUUUGAUCCUGGCACUGGAACGUCUUCGUGAAGCCUACUCUGUGAAGGGCCGACUUAACCAGAGCCAGAGAGAAGAGUUGGCGCUUAUCGAGCAGGCGUACGACUCUCCGGGUACCACGCUGGCCCGUAUCAAGCGUUUCCUCUUGACCCAGCGAGCUUUCAAGGAAGUGGGUAUCGAUAUGAACGACAACUACAACAACAUCAACCCCGUGUACGACAUCGAGCCUAUUGAGAAGAUCACCGACGCCUAUCUGGACCAGUACCUGUGGUACCAGGCGGAGCAGCGCCAUCUCUUCCCUGCCUGGAUCAAGCCGUCGGAUUCCGAAGUGCCCCCUCUUCUCACUUACAAGUGGGCGCAGGGAAUCAACAACCUGUCCAAUGUCUGGGAGACGUCCGAAGGCGAGACGAACGUGAUGAUCGAGACGGAACUGUCCAAGGUGUACGAGAAGAUCGAUCUGACCUUGCUGAACCGUCUGCUGCGUCUGAUCAUGGACCACAACUUGGCUGAUUACAUCACGUCCAAGAACAACGUGCAGCUCAGCUACAAGGAUAUGAAUCACACGAACAGCUACGGAUUGAUCCGUGGUCUUCAGUUCUCCGGUUUCGUGUUCCAGUUCUACGGUCUGAUGAUCGAUCUGCUUCUGCUUGGAUUGCAGAGAGCCAGUGAGAUGGCCGGUCCCCCCCAGAGCCCCAAUGACUUCCUGCAGUUCCGGGACCGCGCUACGGAGACCCGACACCCCAUUCGUCUGUACACUCGCUACGUCGACAAGAUCUGGGUUUUCUUCCGAUUUUCGGCGGAUGACUCGAGGGACCUGAUCCAGCGUUUCUUGACCGAGAACCCCGACCCCAAUUUCGAAAACGUUAUUGGAUACAAGAAUAAGAAGUGCUGGCCCCGAGAUUGCCGAAUGCGCUUGAUGCGACACGAUGUGAACCUGGGUCGUGCCGUAUUCUGGGAUUUGAAGAACCGGCUGCCCAGGUCGAUUACCACGAUCGAUUGGGACGAUACUUUUGCCAGCGUCUACAGCAAGGACAACCCCAACCUUCUGUUUUCCAUGUCCGGCUUCGAGGUCCGCAUUCUCCCCAAGAACCGUAACCUGAACGAAGAGUUCUCGGUCAAGGACAGCGUCUGGUCUCUGGUCGACAAUGCUACCAAGGAGCGCACCGCCCAUGCUUUCCUGCAGGUCACCGAGGAGGACAUCCAGAAGUUCAACAACCGCAUCCGUCAGAUCCUCAUGUCGUCGGGUUCGACCACCUUCACCAAGAUCGCAAAUAAGUGGAACACGGCUUUGAUCGCACUCUUCACAUACUACCGUGAAGCCGCGGUCUCGACCGUCAACCUCCUGGACACGAUCGUCAAAUGUGAGACCAAGAUUCAGACCCGUGUCAAGAUCGGUCUGAACUCCAAGAUGCCUUCCCGUUUCCCUCCUGCUGUCUUCUACACGCCCAAGGAACUGGGAGGUCUUGGUAUGAUCUCCGGAUCCCACAUUCUCAUCCCCGCCAGCGACAAGCGGUGGUCGAAGCAGACCGACACCGGUAUUACCCACUUCCGGGCGGGUAUGUCACAUGACGAGGAGACUCUGAUCCCCAACAUCUUCCGUUACAUCAUCCCCUGGGAGGCGGAAUUUAUCGAUUCACAGCGCGUGUGGAUGGAGUACUCGCAGAAGCGACAGGAGGCCCAGCAGCAGAACCGCCGCCUGACGCUCGAGGAUCUGGAGGACAGCUGGGACCGCGGUCUCCCGCGUAUCAACACCCUCUUCCAGAAGGACCGCAGCACGCUCAGCUUCGACAAGGGAUUCCGUCUGCGUGCGGAAUUCAAGCAGUACCAGUUGAUGAAGAGCAACCCCUUCUGGUGGACCAGUCAGCGUCACGAUGGUAAAUUGUGGAAUUUGAACGCUUACCGCACUGACGUCAUCCAGGCGUUGGGUGGUGUUGAGACCAUUCUUGAGCACACCCUCUUCAAAGCAACAGCUUUUCCUUCAUGGGAAGGUCUAUUCUGGGAACGUGCCAGUGGCUUCGAGGAGAGCAUGAAGUUUAAAAAGCUCACAAAUGCUCAAAGAUCUGGUUUGAAUCAAAUUCCAAACCGUCGGUUCACUCUGUGGUGGUCCCCGACCAUCAACCGUGCCAACGUCUACGUCGGGUUCCAAGUUCAGUUAGAUCUUACGGGCAUUUUCUUACACGGUAAAAUCCCUACUUUGAAAAUAUCGUUGAUUCAGAUCUUCCGUGCCCAUUUGUGGCAGAAGAUUCACGAGUCUGUUGUCAUGGAUCUGUGCCAGGUGUUCGACCAGGAACUUGAGCAACUGGGCAUCGAGGCCGUCCAGAAGGAAACAAUUCACCCGCGUAAGUCUUACAAGAUGAACAGCUCGUGUGCGGAUAUUCUUCUGUUCGCAACGAACAAGUGGAACGUGACUCGGCCCUCGCUCCUGUACGACACCAAGGAUGUCUACGAGCCCACCACGACCAACAAAUUCUGGCUCGAUGUGCAGCUGAGAUACGGUGACUACGACUCUCACGAUAUUGAGCGUUAUGUUCGUGCCAAGUACCUGGACUACACCACCGACAGCAUGAGUAUCUACCCCUCGGCGACUGGUUUGAUGAUCGGUGUCGAUCUCGCGUACAACCUCUACUCGGCAUACGGACAGUACUUCCCCGGAUUGAAGACGCUGGUGCAGCAGGCCAUGGCAAAGAUCAUGAAGGCCAACCCCGCCUUGUACGUGCUGAGAGAACGUAUCCGCAAGGGUCUGCAGCUGUACGCUUCGGAGAGCAACCAGGAGUUCCUCAACUCCCAGAACUACUCAGAGCUUUUCAGCCCGCAGAUCCAACUGUUCAUCGAUGACACCAAUGUUUACCGUGUCACCAUCCACAAGACCUUCGAAGGUAAUCUGACGACCAAGCCCAUCAACGGAGCCAUCUUUAUCUUCAACCCGCGAACCGGUCAGCUGUUUUUGAAGAUCAUCCACACUAGCGUCUGGGCCGGACAGAAGCGUCUGGGUCAAUUGGCGAAAUGGAAGACGGCAGAAGAAGUGGCGGCGCUGAUCCGGUCGCUGCCGGUGGAAGAACAACCCAAGCAGCUGAUUGUCACUCGGAAGGGUCUUUUGGAUCCUCUCGAGGUCCAUCUCCUGGACUUCCCCAACAUUUCGAUCCGUGCCUCCGAACUUCAGCUGCCCUUCCAGGCUGCCAUGAAGGUCGAGAAGCUCGCCGAUAUGAUCCUGCGCGCGACUGAGCCGCAGAUGGUUCUGUUCAACCUGUACGACGAAUGGCUGAAGUCCAUCUCGCCCUACACGGCCUUCUCCCGACUGAUCCUCAUCCUGCGAGCGCUGCACGUGAACAUUGACAAGGCCAAGAUCAUUCUCCGGCCCGACAAGACGGUCAUCACGCAGGAGCACCACAUCUGGCCCACGCUUUCGGACGAGGACUGGAUCAAGGUCGAAGUGCAGCUGCGUGACCUGAUUCUGAACGACUAUGGCAAGAAGAACAACGUCAACGUGCAGAGUCUGACCAGCAGCGAAGUGCGAGACAUCAUCUUGGGUAUGGAGAUCAGUGCGCCGUCCCUGCAGCGACAGCAGGCGGCGGAGAUCGAGAAGCAGCAGGAGGAGCAGAAGCAGCUCACGGCCGUGACGACGAAGACGCAGAACGUGCGCGGCGAGGACAUAAUCGUGACGACCACGUCGCAGUACGAGCAGCAGUCGUUCGCGUCGAAGACGGAGUGGCGCACGCGGGCCAUCGCCACGUCCAACCUCCGCACGCGUGCCAACAACAUCUACAUCUCGUCGGACGAGAUCCGCGACGAGGGCUACACGUACAUCAUGCCGAAGAACAUCCUCAAGCGGUUCAUCACGAUCGCGGAUCUUCGGGUGCAGGUGGCGGGAUACCUGUACGGCAGCUCGCCGCCGGACAACGAGCAGGUGAAGGAGGUGCGCACGAUCGUGAUGAUCCCGCAGGUGGGUAACACGCGCGAGGUGCAGCUGUCGCACCAACUGCCGCAGCACGACUACCUCAAGAACCUCGAGCCGUUGGGAGUGAUCCACACGAUCUCGGGCAACGAGCCGCCGUACAUGACGGCGGCGGAUGUGACGCACCACGCGCGACUAAUGAACGAGCACCCGUCGUGGGACAAGAAGACCGUGACGAUGACGGUCUCGUUCACGCCGGGAUCUGUGUCGCUGGCAGCGUGGGGGCUGACGCCGCAAGGGUACAAGUGGGGGGCGGAGAACAAGGAUACCACGUCUGACCAGCCGCAAGGGUUCUCGACCAGCAUGGGAGAGAAGUGCCAGCUGCUGCUGAGUGACAAGAUUCGCGGAUACUUCCUGGUGCCAGAGGACAACGUGUGGAACUAUAGUUUCAUGGGCAGCUCCUUUGGUAGCGUCGAGAAGCGGCCGGUUUACGUGAAGAUCGACACGCCCCUGAGAUUCUACGACGAUCAGCACCGACCGCUGCACUUCCAGAACUUCGCCGAGCUGGAGGAUAUCUGGGUUGAUCGGACGGAUAACUUUGCUUAG